AUGUUAUUCAACUUUCUUCUCAGAGUACUGCAAUUCUGGCCUCUUUUUAGCUUACAUUUCUUUCUGUCUUUUUGGACUUUUUUGGCUUUCAUUUUCUUAUUUGCUUUAUUGUGGUCCUCAUUUUUUCUUUCUUUCUUUCUUUUUUAUGGUUUCUUUUCUUUUAUUAUUCUUAUCUUUUUCUUAUUGCUUCUUUCUUUUUAUCUUCCUUUCUUUUUAUUAGAUAUUUUGUUCUUGUCUUUUCUUUCUCUCUCUCUAAUUGGUUCUUUUCUUUUACUGUUCUUUUUCUUUUUUUUCUUUUUUCUUUCUUUAUUUCUUAUUGCUUUCCAUUUCCAUUCAUUCUGUCUAAAAUGGGUCAUUUUUUAUUACAUUUCAUUCUAUUUUCUUUCUUUCUUUAUUAUUUGUGCUUUCUUUUUCUAUUUCUUUCUUUUUUUUAGAUAUUUUGGUUUCCAUUUGCUUCUUUUCCUCUUUCUUUCUUUUUUCUUUCUUUCUUUCUGUUUUAACUUGUUUCUUUCUUUCUUAUUGUUUUUUUUUUUUGCUGUUACUCAGUUUUCUUCUUUUCUUUCUGUUUCUUUUCUUAUUUUCUUUUCUACCUUUCCUUUGUUUAGUCCCUCUUUUUACAUUCCUUUUUAA